UACACAGUAGACAUUUAAAUCAUUAAUAAUACUGAUAUCACAAUGAUGAUACCAUUUAUUAUUGGAAAUUCCAUUCUCCACGUUUUAUAACAAGUGUUAAAAACGAAGUACGCAAAUGUUUCAAGAGAAUGUAAGCGAGUACAAGAAGAUGAUUGUUAGCGAAGAGAUAACAAGAAGAAAUAUACAAAUAGUGAAAACUAUAAGUGAUAUAUAAGAAUAUUGGCAGAGAGUGAAAGCCAGGUCGGCGGUUGAUCGCGGCGGAUAAAUGCGGAAAACCGUGCGACGGCGUGUGCGCCACAAGGGGUGGCGAACCCCCUAAAGGACCCUCGGUACAUGGUAGCGGUGACCUCCCGUCGCCCCACCCCCGCAUCUCCCCCCUCGCCGACGGCCUUCGCGCGCGCGGCAGUCUUCCUUGCAACCCCAGGUUGUACGUCCCCCUCUCCACGACGUCCUCGUCAUCCCUGCCGCGACGGCAACGGCGGCGCACGAUCAUUGGUUCACAGGUUCACGCAGGCAACGAAGAGGUACACGCAGCUGCUGUGCCAGUGUGCCCGCCACCUCUUGCGCUACGGAUCUGAGUGAGAGACCAGUGUUCGGAGUAGUGCCGUGAGCGCGGGUAAAUUUGUCGUCGUCGUCGCCGCCGCCGUCGUCGUUAUCGUUGACAACGUCGUCAUUUAUCGUUAUUUAUCGUCAUUGUCGUCGCUGUCAUUGCCGUUUUCAUCGUCAUCGUUACAUCGCGUCGCUCUUCGCGUCCUCGUUAUCUCUUCACAUGGCUCCAACUACCCCUUGCUUCCUUUAUCCUCGUCUUCCUAACAUAUACGUGUUCACUUCCGGUGCCAACAUCCGUCGCAAGAAGUGAGUAUCACGCGCGCUCUCUUUCUCUCUUGCGCUUUCCAUCUGUCUAAUGGUAUCCUCCUCUCGGUCCUUCAUGUUCUCCAUAGUCCACACGAUGUCUCUUGCCGGGUGUCGUAUACCUCUGAUGCCGGCCGGUUGCAUUGCCGGCUUUAAUAACGCCAUCUUGUUGGUAAAUGGGAAUAGCAGCCGAUUGUCGUAGCCGCGACGUUCACCGAGGCGACACCUCUCGCGGACGUUACGUACUCGAUCUUCUCCUCUUUCUUCGCCAGUCUCUCUAACACACAUGCUCUUCUCUCUCAGUCUCUCGCUUUUCCACUACCCCUAUGAUAUCAGUUUUCGACUUCAUCAAUUUCUAAGUUCGAAAGUUGAAUAGGAUAACGAAAAUGUCUUUGACAUAAUUGUUCUUCAAUUAUUCUCUCUACCUGACUGAAUUUUUAUUCCUUUUCUCGUCGUUUUCUCUUUUUUUUAUCAAGUCAAAAAAAGAGGAUUAACUUUUCCCCCACUGCGUCUUUUUCAUGUACAGGCUACCAAAAAGAUCAGGUCCGUAUAGUCUACGAUCUAUUUAGAUCAUGAUUGGCUCGAGUAUUACUCUCACGCUUCCCUUGACAACCAGUCUCACCCAGCAGUCGAAACAAAGAAUUCAUCCAAGAUACAUCUCGAAGUCAGAAGAGGAAUCGCAUUCGAGGACGGACAAGUCGGUCGCUUAUCAUUCACCGUUCGUCAUUAAUUAGUCUCGCGUGAAUUUCGGGGGGGUCUCGCGUGAUUAUCGUCUCUCGACCACCGCCGUUCGCGAUCACGUUCUUCCGUUCUUCGCGCUCGCGAGAUUGUGCGUUUAUGUGCGCGCGCGCGCGCAUGUGCACGCCGGACUCAGUCGACGCUUUGUCCUCCUGUGCUUCUUGAUAGGCCGUUUUCGACGACGAUAAGAGAGAGAUCGUGCCGUUUAGGAUGCCGCAGUGCGCGGUGGCCACGUGCCGCAACAGCCAUCGUCGUACCCGCAAGCAGUCGGUGCGAUACCACCGUUUCCCGCACAAUACCGAAUUGCGCGAGUCAUGGGUGCGUGCAUGUGGUCGUGCACCUUUGGCAAAUGGAGAACCACCGUUCAACAUCAAAACGGCGCGAAUCUGCUCCCGGCACUUCCUGGAGGAAUUUUACGAGGAUGAAAGCAGGGAGCAGAUCAUGCAAGGUAAUCAGAAGAGGAACCGACUGCGCUUGGGCGCGGUACCUACCAUAGAUGUGCCAGUAUUAGUAGAGCCUUGUUUUAAGUUGCUUCGCGAGACAGACAAGAAACGGUCUGCAACACGUGUUAAAAUUUCGAACAUCAUGACGAUUUCUAAUCGACCGGAUACUCGCCAACCCUGUAAAAGGACCCAUGAAGACGAAGAAGAUGAAGGUAGCAGUGAAACUAAGACGGUUUCACCUGUUAUCAAAGAACGUGCUGAACGAAAUCAGAAGAAACGUCCGAAGUUGGACCAACAAGAAUGUUUCCUAUUGGCGAUCGGUCUUGUACACGUCAGCAAUGUAUGUUUAAACAAAAUGCACGCGAUGGAGGGUGCGACCGAGAGUAAGCGAAAGGUGGAUACCGCAGAGGACGACAAGACGUCUAGAUCGUCGCCGUCGCCGAAAGUACCUCAGAAUCAGCAGAACGUCGCCGCGCUUCCGGAGGAAACAGCGGCGGCGCCAACGGCAUCGGUGGGUCGCCCACGGAAGAAGAAGGACAAUUCGCGCUGCGAUACUCCGAAUACUAAGGGCAGACAACUACUUGCAAGUACAUCGCGACAAAGUGCGACGACUCCGAGUGAUGUCGUGCAGUCACGACAUGUCAAAGCAGGGUCUGAGCCGAUUGAGAUUAGAAAACGGAAGUCUACUCUACAAGUCUCACCUCACUUAGGAAAUCCUCCUAAGAAGAAAUUCCGCGACAACUACACACGAGAAGAAUACAUUUCGAAUAUUGUGGGUGACAACAACGAAAGUAUCGAAGACCUUGUGGCAAAAGCUGAUCGAUUGCGAGCCGAUAUUUUAACACUUGAAAACUUAGCACAUGCCAAAGAAAUGGAAUGGAAUGAGAUCUUGAGGAAGAGGAAACUCAAAGAGGAGGCAUACCAGAGACUCGAAAGGAAGAUACAAACAACAGCCUACAUGGAAAAUGAUGGUCAGUUGUCGGAAACUUUACCGCCACGAUCAUCUGUGAGUUCGGCCGAAUGGGAGAACAACGGCAGCAAUUCCAUAUCGAAGGAGAGAUCUUUCGAAAUUAAGGAGGAUUUAGGCGAGAGAUCUUCGGAUUCAUCGGGUUCGAAGAAAGAGAAAACCCCGAAAGCUAGCUCGCAACAACGAGCGACUCCUCCGAAAACUAAUGGCGAGAGCAGUCGUAAACAGAAUGAGGUGUCGAGUCCGGAAAGUCGGCAGAUCGGAGAAGGCCGUCAAGGUACAAUAGUGGAUGUCAGAUCCAUUAUUGCUGACCACAGGCUUAAGCAUCCAGAAACCGUACCAAGAAGAGGACGACGAUUGAGAAAUUCGAACGUGAACAUCAAUCUCGGUGCUGGCGGCGCCAUGGUUGAAACUGGACACAAUGCUGAUUCAAGACCGUCUAGCACAGAAUCGUGCAAAAGCAAUCCAAGCACGAACGAUCCCAUGAACUAUAAAGACAUGCUAGUACAAUUUGCUAAGUUGAGUCAGCAAGGUGAACCCAAGGUACCGCAGAAUUAUCCAGAUGUGACGCUUCAUCCUGUGACACUUUCGUCUGCCCAGAAUACGUCUCAGCCAACUGGCUCGUUGCUCCAUGGAAUUCUAACAAAAGCUCAAACGCCGAGAUCCUCGACUUUUUCACCUACUUUAGCAAGAUUACUCACUGCGCCUGAAAGAGAAAGGAGUUCUCCGGUGGCUGCAGCAGCGGCGGCGGCAACGUCAGCGUCUAUGUCACAGCCAAGCGCCACGACUCAGCACCUUUUGCAGACAUACCAAGGCUCUAAUAUGGUUUCUAUAAAUGAUCUCCUGUCUUCUUCCAAGGCUCGCACAGAGAUAACUAUAACCCCUGUCGUUAACACUCCCGCGCAAUCUCACUCCAACGAUUUAAUUCAAGUGGAAGAUGUAGAGGACGAAACAUCGCUAAUUGAUGAUAGGAAAGGAAACUCAGUGAUUGGAAGAGAUGGUAAACAAAUGGUGAAGGACAAUCCACCUUCACCAAAUGCUCCGCCAAAAUGUCAGGGAUGCAUAAUUCGACCUGCACAGUUUGUUUGUGCCGGAUGUGGAAAUCAGUGGUAUUGUAGUCGUUCAUGUCAGGUACAUGUCAUGUCAAGUGCACACUUGCUGCAUGGGCGACACACUCCGAUCAUUGUCCUCCGGAGCCCGAGAAUAGCAAAACAAAGACCAAUGUUUAACUCCCGAGAUCCCUGCAUGUCCGGUGUAUACAAUGGCAUCAGGCGAGAGAUAUCAACAUAACUGAGUACGAAUCUAGUCAAGGAAGGAGUUCAAGGAUAUAAUUCAUAUUGAGAGACAAAUGAGAUGCGUAGAGAAUCGAAAAGAGAUCGUAUUGAUUAAUUAAAAAGAAAGAAAGGUCGAAGCGAAUGGAUGAUGUCCUAUUUAUCACAAGCAUUUACUGAUCUCCCAUCUUGAAGGAGGUUUCACGCUAUCACGUUCUGUUCUUUGCAGAAUGAAUUCGUGAAUUUUCUUGCACUUUGCUCGAGCUUUAGAUGAUGAAAAUUGUCUUCUUUCGAUGAUGAAAAUUUCGAUGACGCGAUAAUCGAUGUCAUUGGUUAACGAGCCUUGUGUAUUAUGUAUAAUUCUUUUUCUUUUAGACUUUACUACAUACACUAGUCGAAAAUUUUUGAAAUGCUCGAAAAAUGAGCGGGAAAGAGAAUAAGUAAUUUCGUGGCGCUUUGUGGGAGUGGAGCACAAUACUAAGUAACGCGAUGCUGUAUAUAAUUUUAUACAAUUUAAGAGAGUUAUUCAGCGUCAGAUUUUAAAACGUCGAUUAAUCGCGUGCCAUGUGUAAGAUCGGGGGCGGAUUGGCCAUCAGCUUUCUGAAAGAUAUCGAGAGAUACUUUCUGUUUACUAUCUAUUAGAAAUUAUUUUAUAGAAAAAUUGUAGAAAUCAUAAAUUUAAUUU